AACAGUGAAACUGGCAUCACUAUAGACGCCGGUUUGCUUUUUGUGUUCGCGGGUAUAAUAAAAGCAAGUUGUGAAAUAAAUUGUCUUCUGGUGUUGUUGCGUUUUCGUUAAAUUAAUUAGUUGUUUACUAUUGUUUUGUUUUUAAAUUAAAAAUGGAUAUUGAUUUACCAUACAAAGCUGAAUAUUCUAAAACUGGCAGAGCAAGCUGCAAAGGAUGUAAGACCAAAAUCGAUCAGGAUGAUUUGCGUAUAGCUGUCAUGGUACAGUCUGCAUUUCAUGAUGGGAAACAACCAAAUUGGUAUCACGAAAAGUGUUUUUUUACUAAACACCAUCCUGCAUCGGCUGGAGACGUAGCAAAUUUUGAAAAUCUUCGAUUUGAAGAUCAAGAGAGGGUUAAAAAGGAAAUAGAUAGCAGUACUGCAGUUGUAGCCGGCGUUUCAAAAAAGGGUGGCAAACGAUCAAAGGCAGAAGUUAACGCCCUUAAGGAUUUUGGUAUAGAAUAUGCCAAGACAGGACGGGCAUCUUGUCGUGGUUGUGAGCAGAAUAUACUUAAAAGUCAAAUUAGAAUUCGCAAAACGGUUUACGACACUGAAGUCGGAAUGAAAUAUGGAGGUCAACCAUUGUGGCAUCACGUUGAAUGCUUUGCCCAAUUGCGCGGUGAAUUGGGAUGGUUUGAUACCGGUGAAAAUUUACCUGGCUUUAAAAGUCUAAAGAGCGAGGAUAAAGAUGAUGUCAAAAAGGCACUACCAAUAAUUAAAAGUGAAGAUUGCCCUCCAGCAAAGAAGGCAAAAAUGGAGAAAUUAGAUGAGGAAGAUGAAAAGUUGUCUAAAGAGUUGGUCGAAAACAUAAAACAACAGAACAAGCGAUUGUUCAAAUUUCGGGAUCAGAUCAAAGAUGAAAUGAAAAGAAAUGAUAUAAUACAAUUAUUGGAGAACAAUGGGCAAGAACCUGUAAAAGGUGAUUCGGAAAAACUCUUAGAUCAAGUAGCAGACCUUUUAACAUUUGGUGCUAUUUUGCCCUGUCCCGAGUGCAAGGGUAGACAAUUACUAUUUCAAAAAUCUGGCUAUUUAUGUAAUGGUCAAUUGACAGAAUGGACCAAAUGCACAAAUCUAAUAAAAGAGCCCGAGCGCAAAGCAUGCAAAAUCUCAAGCGAUUUUAAAUCUCAAUAUCCGUUCCUAAAAAAUGUUCGUAAGGCACCGGAGGUAAGAGCCAUCCAAUAUAUUCCACCAAGUGCUACAACAGUAGCAAAAAGUAUUUCAGUUAAGAAAGGAGAUGAAACUGAUGGACCUAAAGUAAAGCGGGAACGCCCUCCAUUGUACAAGAUGGAAUUUUCAUUAUAUGGCAUAGACGAUGAAGAUGCAAUUAAGAAACGUAUAACUAAACUUGGCGGAAAAUGUGUAUCGAGUAUAAAAGAACAUACUACAGCAGUAUUAUCUACAUCUGAAGAAGUUAAACGUAUGGGAAGUCGUAUUAAAAAGGCUAAAGAAUUAGGAUUGCAUGUUAUACCAAUAGAGUAUUUAGACGCAGUUGAGUCCAAUGGUGCAGGCGCCAUUAAUUAUAUAAGCAGCAUGUCAUUGUGUGAUUGGGGUACCGAUCCUGCUGCUAGAAUCCAACAAGAUGAAGCUAAAAGUUCCAAAUCAAAAAGUAUUUACACCAAAUCAAUGCCGAAAUCUAUGACACUUAAGAUCAAAGAUGGUCUACCGGUUGAUCCAGACAGUGGUUUGGAGGAUGUAGCCCAUGUCUACGUGUCUCAAAAUAAGGAUAAAUAUAAUGUAGUUCUCGGCAAAACUGAUAUCCAAAGUAAUAAGAAUUCAUAUUACAAAUUACAACUUUUGGAAAGCGACAAUAAAAAUAGAUAUUGGGUAUUUAGAUCGUGGGGUCGUAUUGGAACCACAAUUGGAGGAAACAAAUUGGAAAACUUUGAUAACCUUAUGUAUGCUAUAAAAUCUUUCAAGGAAUUGUAUUUGGAAAAAUCAGGAAACCAUUUUGAAAAUCGUCACAAUUUUGUAAAGGUUUCUGGUAGAAUGUAUCCUAUAGAUAUUGAUUAUGCUGAAGAUGCUAAAAUUGAUUUGUCUGCCGAACACAGUGUCAAGUCGAAACUUCCGCAACCAGUUCAAGAUAUUAUUAAACUAAUGUUUGAUGUCGAUACUAUGAAAAGAACAAUGAUGGAAUUUGAUUUGGAUAUGGAAAAGAUGCCUUUGGGCAAAUUAAGUCAAAAACAGAUACAGACAGCUUAUAAAGUUCUAACUGAAAUUUAUGAUCUCAUUCAAAAAGGUGGUUCCAAUGCAAGUUUUAUUGAUGCUACUAAUCGGUUCUACACUUUGAUACCACACAACUUCGGUACUCAAACUCCACCAUUGCUGGACACCAGCGAGCAAAUUGAAAAACUCCGUCAAAUGCUUGACUCACUUUUGGAAAUUGAAUGUGCUUACAAUCUACUACAAACUGAAGACUCCAAGGAAGAUGUAAACCCCAUCGACAAGCACUACGAACAAUUAAAAACGAAACUGGAACCAAUAGACAAAAACAGCGAAGAAUUUUCUUUACUUCAGAAAUAUGUUCAAAACACUCAUGCUGCCACUCACAAAAUGUACGAAUUGGAGAUCGUGGAUAUUUUCAAAGUGGCCCGUCAAGGAGAAGCUCGUCGUUACAAACCAUUCAAAAAGCUCCACAACCGUCGUUUACUUUGGCACGGUUCUCGCCUUACCAACUUUGCUGGUAUUCUAUCUCAUGGUUUAAAAAUAGCUCCACCAGAGGCCCCCGUAACUGGUUAUAUGUUCGGAAAAGGUAUAUAUUUUGCAGAUAUGGUCUCCAAGUCUGCAAAUUACUGUUGCACUAGCAAGCAGAAUUCAACUGGUCUUAUGUUACUGUCAGAGGUUGCACUUGGAGACAUGAUGGAAUGCACAGCCGCCAAAUAUGUUACUAAAUUGCCAAAAGAUAAACAUAGUUGCUUUGGUCAUGGACGUACAAUGCCAGAUCCCAGCGAAUCUGUUAUUCGCGAAGAUGGCGUAGAAAUUCCUCUAGGUAAACCAAUUACCGAUGACAAUCUUAAAUCCUCUUUAUUGUACAAUGAAUUUAUUGUGUACGAUAUUGCUCAGGUUAACAUACAAUACAUGUUCCGUAUGAAUUUUAAAUAUAAUUUAAAUUAAGAAAUCAUCAAAUGUUUAAAUUAUUAAACAUUUGCUGGAUAUUAUUCCAUGGUAUAUAAAAUAUUAAUAUUUUUUAUACCAUGUAUUAUUCUAUAUUAUACUACUAAUGUUUUAUCUGAAUUGUUUUGUUUUUUCAAUGUCAUAACAAAAAAAUAUAUACAUAUAUACUAAAUAUUUACAUUACUUACUUUUAUGUAAGAUUCGAAUUAAAAUUUCCCGUUAAGUUUCGCUUUUUUAAUAUAAAUAAAAGUUAUUCCCAAUAA